AUUACAAGACGCGGUCUCUGAGAGCACUGCAGUCUGAACUGGAGGGAGCGAGGGAGGAGGAGGAGGAGGAGGAGGAAAAGUCAGAGGACGUGGACAUAUUUUUGACUCUUUCUCUAGACUUUUCAUUGCGGAUUAACGUGUGAACGGGAAGUUGUCCACAGUGAUGGGUACUUCCCCAAGGACAGUCCUGCUCCUGGGAUGUCUCCUGACAGGACCAUGGCUAACUUUUUGCCAGCUUCCAUUGCCGACUGUUCUUCCAAAUAGAGAUGAAAUGGUCGUGCAGCUGAAUGCCUCAUUUACUCUGAAAUGCUCUGGAGACAGCGAAGUGACCUGGCAAUACCCAAUGGCUGAAGGAAGCCCCAGAAUAGACAUUAGAAAUGAAGAGAACAACAGCGGUCUCUUUGUGACUUUGCUGGAAGUGGGGAAUGCCUCAGCGGCUCAUACCGGAUUAUACACUUGUUACUACAAUCAUACUCAAGAGGAAGAUGGGGAGGUGGAGGGGAAGGAUAUCUACAUCUAUGUGCCUGAUCCAGAUAUGCCCUUCGUUCCUCUACUACCAGAGGAUCAAUUCAUCCUAGUAGAAGAUGGUGAUUCCACCAUUAUCCCUUGUCGUACAAGUGACCCUAAUGCUCAAGUAGCUUUAGUUAACAGUGAAGCCAAGGUCGUAUAUGCCUAUUAUGACAGCAAACAAGGCUUUCUGGGAAAUUUUCCUGCAGGCUCAUACACGUGCCAAACAACUGUUAAAGAAGUGGAGUUCAAGUCAGAUCAGUUUUUCAUCUACAUUUUGAAAGCUACUUCAGAGCUGCCAGUUGAGAUUGAGGCCCUUAAAACUGUAUAUAAAACAGGCGAAACGAUUGUUGUAACUUGUGUGGUCUUUGACAACGAGGUGGUUAAUUUACAGUGGAAUUAUCCAGGGAAAGUGAAAGAAAAAGGUGUGAUAAAAGUUGAUGACAUUAAAGUUCCAUCCCAGAAGCUGGUUUACACUUUGACCAUUCCUGAGGCUUCAGUGAAAGAUUCUGGGGAUUAUGAAUGUACGGCCCGACAUGCAACCAAGGAGGUUAAAGAAAAUAAGAGAGUAGUCAUUACAGUUCAUGAUAAAGGAUUCAUUCAUCUGGACCCCCAAUUUAGCCCUUUGGAAGCUGUCAAUUUACAUGAGGUCAAAAAUUUUGUAGUGGAUGUGCAGGCAUACCCAGCUCCAAAAAUGUUCUGGCUGAAGGACAAUGUGACUCUGACUGAGAAUCUUACAGAAAUUGUUACCAGUUCAAACAAGAUCAAUGAGACAAGGGUCCAAAGUAUAUUAAAACUGAUUCGGGCCAAGGAAGAAGACAGUGGAGAUUAUACUUUGGUUGCCGAAAAUGGAGAAGAGACUAAAAGCUAUACUUUCUCAUUGCUAAUACAAGUUUCAGCUUCAAUUCUAGAGCUGGUGGAUGAUCACCACGGCUCUGGAGGGGGACAGACGGUCCAAUGCUUGGCAAAAGGGACACCUUUCCCUGACGUGGAAUGGCUGAUUUGCAAGGACAUUAAAAAAUGCAGUAAUGAUACCUCAUGGAUGCUUCUGACUAACAACAUCUCAGAUAUACACAUGGAGGCUCAUCGGGUUGAUAAGGACCAGGUGGAAAGCCAGGUGACCUUCCAAAAGGUAGAAGAAACCCUGGUAGUACGGUGCAUGGCGAGGAACACUCUUGGUGCCGUUACUCGGGAACUGAAGCUUGUGGCUCCUGCAUUGCAAUCAGAAUUAACUGUGGCUGCAGCAGUCCUAGUGUUAAUAGUGAUUGUGAUUAUUUCACUGAUUGUCCUGGUCAUCAUAUGGAAACAGAAACCAAGGUAUGAGAUAAGAUGGAGAGUCAUUGAGUCUAUCAGCCCUGAUGGCCAUGAGUACAUUUAUGUGGAUCCAAUGCAACUGCCCUAUGACUCAAGAUGGGAGUUUCCUAGAGAUGGAUUAGUACUUGGUCGAAUCCUUGGUUCAGGUGCAUUUGGGAAAGUAGUUGAAGGAACUGCAUAUGGAUUAAGUCGCUCUCAACCAGUGAUGAAGGUAGCUGUGAAAAUGCUGAAACCCACAGCUAGAUCCAGUGAAAAACAGGCACUAAUGUCUGAAUUGAAGAUAAUGACACAUCUUGGGCCUCAUUUGAACAUUGUGAAUCUCUUAGGAGCUUGUACUAAAUCAGGUCCAAUUUACAUCAUUACUGAAUACUGCUUUUAUGGGGAUUUGGUAAACUACCUGCAUAAAAACAGGGAUAAUUUCCUGAGCCGACAUCCAGAAAAGCCAAAGAAGGACUUGGACAUUUUUGGGAUGAACCCAGCUGAUGAAAGCACAAGAAGUUAUGUCAUUUUAUCCUUUGAAAACAAUGGAGAAUACAUGGACAUGAAACAAGCUGAUACAACUCAGUAUGUGCCAAUGCUGGAACGGAAGGAGGGUUCUAAGUAUUCAGAUAUCCAGAGGUCAAUGUAUGAUCGGCCUGCUUCAUAUAAGAAAAAAUCUGUGUCAGAACCAGAAGUCAAAAACCUGCUUUCUGACGACAAUUCUGACAGCCUCAGUUUGCUGGAUUUACUAAGCUUCAUGUACCAAGUUGCACGGGGGAUGGAGUUCUUGGCUUCUAAAAAUUGUGUGCACCGUGACUUGGCAGCUCGUAAUGUCCUUCUGGCUCAAGGAAAAAUUGUGAAGAUCUGUGACUUUGGUCUGGCUAGGGACAUCAUGCAUGAUUCCAACUAUGUCUCCAAAGGCAGCACUUUUCUCCCAGUGAAAUGGAUGGCACCUGAAAGCAUUUUUGACAAUCUGUACACAACAUUAAGUGAUGUCUGGUCUUAUGGCAUUCUGUUGUGGGAGAUAUUUUCUCUUGGUGGCACACCGUACCCUGGCAUGAUGGUUGAUUCUUCUUUCUACAACAAGAUAAAAAGUGGCUAUCGAAUGGCAAAACCUGACCAUGCCACCAGCGAAGUGUAUGAGAUUAUGGUGAAAUGUUGGAACAGCGAACCGGAGAAAAGACCUUCUUUUUACCAUUUGAGUGAAAUUGUGGAGAAUCUGUUGCCUGGCGAAUACAAGAAGAGCUAUGAAAGGAUUCAUCUGGACUUCCUGAAAAGCGACCACCCAGCAGUUACACGCAUGAGAGUGGACUGUGACAACACCUACAUCGGUGUCACUUACAAGAAUGAAGACAAGCUAAAGGACAGGGAGAGUGGAUUUGAUGAGCAAAGGUUGAGCGCUGACAGUGGCUACAUCAUCCCCCUGCCUGACAUUGAUCCCGUUUCCGAAGAUGAACUUGGCAAAAGGAACAGGCAUAGUUCCCAGACAUCUGAAGAAAGUGCCAUUGAGACUGGUUCAAGCAGCUCUACCUUUAUCAAGCGAGAGGAUGAGACCAUUGAGGACAUUGACAUGAUGGAUGACAUUGGAAUAGAUUCCUCAGACCUGGUUGAAGACAGCUUCCUGUAAUUCACAUGGAAUUAAUGGACAACUUUGAGCUAUGUCACAAGAGAAGCUCGCCAUGUGAUCUAAGGACUUUUUACUCUGUAGAGAAAACCACUUUAUUUCAAUGCAAAGGAUGUAAGGAAAGUAGAGAUUUGUUUCCAGUGCACAGAGGUCAUCCUGGAUAUGAAAGAGUGAGACAUGCUGAAGUCAGCUUUUCAGUGUUGCUUUUUGUAGUACUUCAGUAGCAUCUCAGUGGUAUUUGCAGUUUGAAUAGGUAGAAGGACAAAGGCCAUAAACUGACCAGUUUUGUGUUUCAAGGGCAUUCGUGACUCUGAUGGAUAGAAUUUCCACUGAAGCAAAACGUCAUCAUUGUAAUUAUGUAAAUAACUGUGUGCUCAAGGAUCUUUUGAGGUGUGCAUUGAAUAUAUUCUGUGGACUUAGAAGAAAUCACUCAAGAUUUCUGUGUACUUUGCCACUUAAUCUCAGUAUCAGCUGCUGCUGAACUAUCAUGUGAAUGAAGUACAUGCAAAAACCACUUUUGAAACUUAAAGGUACUGGAACUACAUAACAUUUUACUUUUUACAGUAAUGCAAAUAAAAGGGAAGAAUAAUAAUUAAUUAAAAAGCCUUCUAUAAUAGGUGUUAGAAGCCUAGUGAGUCUCUAUAGAAGAUAGCUGUUUUCAUAAUACUACUAGUACUGUCAGUAACACUAACUGUAUAGUUUAUAACUCAUUGUCCUUCAGCAAAAGCACAGUUUUUAAAAACUUUAAGUAGGUAAAGAGAUUUAAGAUUCAAAAUGUAUAUAUGAAACAAUUGUUGUAUUUGACUGUAUACAUAGAAUCAUAGAAUUCAAGAUCAGAAGGGACCAUUAUGAUCAUCUAGUCUGACCUCCUGCAAGAUGCAGGCCACAUAAGCCGAUCCACCCACUCCUUAAGCAAGCGACCCCUG